UCACACACGCUCUAAUUAUAGCUGUCUUAAAGUCCGACAGAGCAGGAGACACUUCUUUUUAGUAAACAAAUUCUGUAUCCUGAGGACAGAUUGGUGAACGAAUGGUCUGACAGUCUGGAUCAAAGGUUGGACUAAUCAUUCAGGACCAAGCCAUAAUGUGAGGAGUGUAAAGCUCCUCCAGCAUUAUCUACAGGGAAAGUACAGCAUUGCGUCUAACAGCGGGUGAUAAGCUGCUCCAGCAGAGAUGAUAAGCUGCUUCUUUCUUUUAGUCGUCUUCAGUGUUUCUGAUUCAGAGCAGUAACAAGAUCUUGCUGCGUGCGCUCAUGCUUCUCCUCCUGGGGCCUGCAGUGUCUCCGGGCCACGGCGGCUGCUCGGAGGUGGACUCCAUGACCGAAGCGGUGGCAGGCGAUGGAUUCCUGCUGGGCUGCAUCUCCUGCAAACGCAGAGAGGAGGUCUCUGCCUGGUGCACGGUGGACUGGCACUUCAAACCACAGGGAGGAGAGGAGUUCAGGCAGAUCUUCCACUAUGACCACCCCAGUGCUGACGUCCUGCACGCACACUUCAGCGACCGCCUGACGUGGCGCGGGACGCAGAGCACUGACAUUCAGGUGGGAGCCAUUUACAUCCACAACGUGACCUUCAAUGACACGGGGACGUACCGCUGCACCUUCCACCGCACGCUGGAGCUGGAGCCGCCCCAGUACGUGAUGGUGGAGAAGGAGGUGGAGCUGACGGUGGUGUCUGAACCCAACCGGGAGCUGACUGCGGUGAUCUCAGAGAUCAUGAUGUACGUGCUGAUCGUGCUGCUGCAGCUGUGGCUCAUUGUGGUACUGGUCUACUGUUACAAGAAGAUUUCGACUGAGCACGAGGCUCGAGAAGCGCGUAGAGCUCUCAAGGCUCAGAAUGAACUGCUGGAAUCAAAGGACAACUGUGACGGAGUGCAGCUUGAGUAGCGUCAGUGGAAAAAGAGCAUCCCUGCAAACAUCAGGGUUUAUCAAUGAUCCCAGGAGAGGCUGAUGCGACGCCUCGGUGACACUAUGUAAACGACAGUGAAGCUUCAGCAGGAAGAAAAAUGUAUUGUUCUUGUUUGAAAUGCUUGAUUUUUUUGUUCAGUCUGUGAAGAAGAAUUUAAAUAAAUGUGUUUUUAUACUUCAAAUGACUGUA